GACUCACACGUAUACACCACUGCCACAUACUGAACGUGCACCCCAACCAGAACCAGCAAUGCGUAGAAACCAUCGGGGAGGCCGCGCAAUCGGGCCAUCCAAGCGGCGCCGAAUACAGCGCAAGUGACGCCGAAAGCAGCGCGAGUGCCAGCGAAGGCGAGGAUAGUGAGGACGAAUAUGAACACGAACAGCCGGUGUACACAUACAUCAACGCGGAGAGGGAUCAUGCGGCACAGUGCGUGGAGGUCUAUGCGAGCGGAGAUGUGUUCGUGGGCACUGUGGUCGAAG